AUGGCUCGUACAGCACAAGCAGCAAAGGCCAGACGUGCCAACCGUCGUGACAAUAACACACGCCAUACCAAGGAGAGCGAUGCAGAGUACAUGGCUCUCAAGAGAGAAGCAGAGCGACGAGAACGUAUUCUCUCCGACCAGCGCCGAACUGCCUCUAAAUGGCGACCCAAGAUCCCACAAGUCCGAAAGGUCAACUUUGACAACUUCAAGAACAGAUAUCAAGACGUCGACCAACCUGAUUAUGCCGUCGAUGUUCUCAUGUCGGGUCCUGGUGCCCAAGCUCAGAUCCGCCGUGAGCAUGCUCUUCGACGACGUGAGGAGAUGGCCCGUCUCCGUAUGAACUGGCUCAAUUACCCCAGCCUUGGACUUCUCGAGGGGCCUCAGAAAAAAAAGGUCGAUGCUUAUGAGAAGGCCAAAAAGGACAAGAAGGGUGAUUCUAGUCUUUCCUCUGAUGCCGAUAUCCAGCGUAUCCGUAUCCAGUCACAGCCUAUUCUUGGUCAUUUGACCGCUCUCAUGAACGACACAGAAAAGCGAUCAGCUCCUCGGACUUUCAUGCGACCCUUCAAGGCCCUCGUCCACUUCCAGCCCAAGAUGCGAGAGAUUCUCAACACUCUUGAGGAGAAGUGGGCUGACUUUGAGGAGGUUGCAAGCGAAAGCUCCGAGGCAGUCGAGCUUGAUGUCGCCGAUGCCGAGCCAGAGGUGAUUGAUGUCAAGGCCGACGACGGCGAAGCUGAUGGCAAUACGGACGACAAGGAUGAGACAGAGUCUCUCCUCUCUGUUGACUCGAACGAAGAUGAGGACUACGAUAAUCUCAUGGACAGCCCUGAGGCUCUCCGCGACAUGCGCUGCUAUGUCGACUUCAUCGACAAGGAAGUCGUUCCUCUCUACAACCGCUUCGAUGACUCCACCGCCGACCGUGUCAAGUUUGACGACCUCUGGGCUCUAUUUCGCACUGGCGAUCUUAUCUACAUGCCCGCCUCUGGCGAAACUGGAGGUCGAUACCACGAAGUGUGGCGUGUGUACAGAACCCGCAGCCCAGAGCCUGAGACCUCUUACCCCACGUCUGGUUGGGACUUCUUCGCCGAUGAGCAGCAGAUCGAUGAGAAUUCCAAGUUCAAGAUCUCUGCUUACUACAUCGACCACGAUGGGAACCACUUUGGUGCCGUGCGCCGCACGUUCGAGAUUGAGUCGUUUGUUGGCGAGCGAUCUAUCGAGUCCCUCGAAGUCUUCCCCAUCCGCUACCGUCAUGACCACAAGCAACUGCUCCAGACACUGAAGGAUCAAGGCCGACAGUUUGUCAACUUCAUCGAUGACCGUCAUCAACAGUACAGUGCAUGGACCUUGACAAGGAACCCUCCUUCCAAGGGCACCGAGCCCGACGACGAGAUCCUCGAUAAUGAGAACUAUGAGAAGAUGCGCCACCCCGAGUUUGUAGAGAGUGAUGUCAUUGUCGAUCUCACAGAGGCUUAUCAGAAGAUGCCAGACUGGCGACCUCGCUUCCACAGGCUCACUGUGAACAAGUCUUCACGAUGCGAGAUCAAGGAUGAUGAGAUGCCCAUCCAGCACUGGUUCAACGGCACUCGCCACACCUUGGCCUACUCGCAGAACGAGAUCAUCCAGAACGCCGAUGGUGUUGAGGCCCGGCAGAGAAGGGACAACCUCGCUGUCGAUGCUUUCCUUCGGGCUCGUGUCAAGGGCAGCCGAACCUUUGAGACCAACCCCAAGGCUCUUGAGCUCCGCGAAGAGGACCUCGUUCUUCUUCCUAAGCGUAUGUUUGCAUACGCCCUUCGCGAGCGUCGCUUCCUGCCCAUCGACCUCAACCUUCUCAAGCCUGUACGACGUGAGCCUGGUGUCUUUGAGAACCUCCGUAUCCAGAGCGAUUACAAGGAUGUUGUUCGCGGUCUGGUCAUGUCUCAUUUCCAGAGAAAGGUUCUCGAGCGCAAGUAUGCAGACGCUGCUGCUGAGGGACCUAGCCAGGACCUUAUCCAAGGAAAAGGUCGAGGUCUCGUGGUCCUUCUUCACGGUGUUCCUGGUGUUGGUAAGACUGCUACUGCAGAGGCUGUCGCCAUGGAGAACCGCAAGCCUCUGUUUGUUAUUACUUGUGGUGAUCUCGGUCUCACCCCUAAUGCCGUUGAGAACGCUCUCAAGAAUGUCUUCCGCCUCGCACACCUCUGGGACUGUGUCCUUUUGCUUGACGAGGCCGAUGUGUUCCUGACCCAGCGAUCUAAGCAAGACAUGAAGCGCAAUGCUCUUGUCUCUGUUUUCCUCCGAGUUCUUGAGUACUACAAUGGUCUCCUCUUCCUGACCACCAACCGUGUUGGAACCAUUGAUGAGGCCUUCAAGUCCCGUAUCCAUCUGUCUCUCUACUACCCUCCUCUGGACAAGACGCAAACCCGCGAUAUCUUCCGUCUCAAUAUCGGUAAGCUCAAGCAGAUUGAGGCCGAACGCCAUCGUAUGACUGGCGAGCCUGCACUGGUGAUCAAGGAGAACGAGAUCAUCGAGUUUGCAUCCAAGCACUACGAGGAGCUUGCCAGAUCUACUGGCUGCUGGAACGGACGACAGAUCCGAAGCGCAUUCCAGAUUGCUUCCAGUCUUGCAAUUCACAACCACGCGACGCAGGCUGAGCUUGCGCUGUCUCGUGGCCAGAGCCCUCCUGCGGCACCUGUUCUUGAUAGAACUUGGUUCGAGAAGGUGCAGAUGUCGACGCAGAGCUUUGACAGGCACAUGAAGAAGGAGGCUGGCAACUACGAUAACGAGAUGCCUCUUCGAAGCACAUUCCACGAGAACAACUUUGAUUGA